GCGUGACAGCACGCGCUACCCAGCAUGCGCCGCGGCGUGAGGCUCUGCCACAGCCAAGAUGACCGACUUUGAGGAGCCGCUUUCAGACGAUGAGAAGAUCCGCAUUGCUGCUAACUUUGUGACCCACGCUCCCCCUGGAGAAUUCAAUGAAGUUUUCAAUGAUGUGCGUCUUCUCCUUAACAAUGACAACCUACUUCGGGAGGGGGCAGCACAUGCCUUUGCUCAGUAUAACAUGGAUCAGUUCACUCCUGUCAAACUGGAUGGGAGUGAUGAGGCGGUUCUGAUCACUGAGCAUGGAGAUCUGGGUCAGGGGCGGUUCUUCGACCCACGGAAGCGGGUGUCAUUCCGUUUUGAUCACCUGCGAAAGGAAGCAAGUGAUUCUCAGCCCUAUGAGGGAGAGACUGCGCUCCGGCCCUGGAGAGACGCCUGCGAUGAAGCCCUCAGUGCUUACGUGAAGGAGCACUAUCCCACUGGAGUCUGCACGGUGUAUGGGAAGACUGUUGAUGGUCAAAAAACAAUUAUUGCUUGUAUUGAGGGUCAUCAGUUCCAGCCCAAGAACUUUUGGAAUGGUCGAUGCAGGUCAGAGUGGAAAUUCAUCAUAAGUCAGUCAUCAGCUCAGGUGAUGGGAGUAUUGAAGAUCCAGGUGCAUUAUUAUGAAGAUGGUAAUGUGCAGCUGGUGAGCCAUAAGGAGGUGGAGGAAUCCAUUGUAGUGAAUAAUGAAACCCAGACUGCCAAGGAAUUUGUAAAAAUCAUUGAAAAUGCUGAAAAUGAUUAUCAGACGGCCAUCAGCGAGAAUUACCAGACGAUGUCAGAUACCACCUUCAAAGCUCUUCGCAGACAGCUGCCCGUCACUCGCACCAAGAUUGACUGGAACAAGAUCCUCAGCUACAAGAUCGGCAAAGAGAUGCAGAAUGCUUAGAACCGACCUGGUUCCUCUUCCUUCUGGUGAAUGUGCAGAGCCAGCUUUCGGAACACAACAUGCCAUUUGCUCAGCCGAAGAAGUCUCCCAAAAAAUGUAAAGUAAAAAAAAACUUUUUUCUGUUUAAAAGAGGAUGGGAAUCCAUUCAACUUUCUGUCAUAAAUGGACUUUGGUGGGUCUCAGCUGUUGGAAGAGGUUCAAAUGAGAACUUUGGAGUUUUGGAUCUAAAUGAUCUACAAAUUGCUCUUUUCUCUCAUUAAUACCCACCAGUCACUCAAAAAGAGUUUGUAUUGUUUUGUUUUUUUUUGUCUUUUUAUGUUAACUGUGACAGCUGCAAUGCUUGUGCAAAUGUUUUUGUGUGUGUGUGUGUGUGAUUUAAAACAGUGAAUAAGUAAUGCCUCACUCUCUGUAUCUCCAAACCCCAAUCAGACAACCCCACUUUCGUCUUCCUUCAAUCUCUGAUUUUCUGUCACACUGCUUUCACAUCAACCGUAGUCUUGUUUGUCUUACUGUUCCAUCAAAAAAUCCUCUGUAAAAUACACCCUUAAUGAAUCCAUAAUGUAAGACUGGCAAAUGAUCUGUCUCUUAUAACUUGGCUGUAUUUUUUAUUUUCAGAUUUUAAAACAUGCAAAAGUAAACAUCUACUCAAGAGUAAAUUAA